UCACUGGACUAGUCUACCACGCGAAUUGUUUCCGAACACAUGUGUUUUUGUAUCAAUUAAUUUGCGCGCGAAAAAAAAAUCGUUAAAAAAUCUGUCAUAUGUCAGUUACAAAAAAGCGCGCGAAAUGAAUCCGAUAUCAGUGACUGUUUGGGCUUUGGAAAGCCAUUGUUUUUUAGUGUAUAGUAUUUUGGCGGUGGUUUUCAUCGCAUUCACAGUGUUCCACAAAAAUAGACUGCAAGUGCUCGAAAAUAGAAUUGGCGAUACCAAGAAAAUUCCAAAUGUUUAUUCUGCGAGAAAAGACCGAGAAGAACCAGACGAUGAAGAUGACCCAGACUACCUCAUAUCAGCAAUUCCAGAGGACACACUCCAUGUCCCUUACAAACCUCUGCGUAGGUCCACCAAAGAAGUAAUACAAAGGUCCAGAGAGUACUAUGAUCUCAUGGCAACUCGACGAACAGUGAGAAGCUUUAGUACAGAACCAAUUCCUCCAGAAGUGUUAGAAAAUAUCAUUAAAACCGCUGGUACAGCCCCGUCUGGAGCUCAUACAGAACCCUGGACUUUUGUAGUAGUUCAGGAUCCAAAUGUGAAAGAAGCGAUAAGGAACAUAGUGGAAGAAGAAGAGGAUCUUAAUUACGCAAGAAGAAUGUCUAGACAAUGGGUUGCGGAUUUAAAACCAUUUGCCACAAAUGCCUCCAAGCCAUAUUUAUGUGAUGCACCAGCGUUAAUACUGGUUUUCAGGCAGACCCACUCAGUGAGGGAAGACGGAAAGAAGCGUAUGCAUUAUUACAACGAGAUCAGUGUAGCUAUUGCUGCUGGGAUUUUGCUAACAGCUAUUCAGUACUGUGGACUGGUAGCUCUCACGUCAACCCCAUUGAACUGUAAUGCGCGUCUUCGAGACCUUUUAUCGAGACCUUCCAAUGAGAGACUGGAGUUGCUACUACCUAUAGGGAGACCCCAUCCAGAUGCAACAGUUCCUGACCUCGAAAGAAAGUCCUUGAAUCAGAUAAUGAUCAAAGUGUGAUAUUAUAAUAAUUAUUUAAUUGGCAAUCGUGCCAUGUUAAAAAAUAUUGUAUCUUUUCUUAGAUCUGAUAAUGCUCAAUGUUUUUUAUUGUUCCUAUGAAAUAAAGUUCAAUGUUGGUUUUAAAUAAAUAUCCUAGAAUAUUUUCUUGACAUAUCAAACAUCUUGACUGAGAGAAACUCUAAUGUGAGAGAAUAUUUUUGGUUUCCAAAUAUGAGUUCUGUAGUAAGCGUAUGUUGAACAUUGCCUACCAUAUAAAAUAAAUAAGAACCCUUCUGGUAAAAAGAUAUCAUGUAAGACCAUGUAAGAUCACUGAAGUAUGUUUGAAUGAUCGUUUACAUUACACUUGGUAAUUUGGUUCAUAACUUUGGGGUUGCCGUGACAAUUGCGUAGAUGACGAAUUAUUCUUUAGUUUUGUUGAUCUUGAUCGUGA